AUGACUCGGAAUGUGCUGUGUUCGCUGUUUGUCACAAAGAAUGAUGCCGAGAUGCCGAAGCGUGUGGUCUCCUUUGCCGACGACAUAGCUUCUGGAUCUGGAACCAGCAAACGGAUAGCAUUAUCGAAUGACGAUGGUGAUGAGUUUGAUCUGCCGGAAGGUGAUGAAAGGAGACCAGACCAACAAGAAAAUGAAGAAGAAGUGAAAAAGAAACAUACCUUGGAUAGCGAUGAAGAAGAGGAAGAUGAUCACAAAAAGCUGGAUAUGAGAAAGGUAGAGGGCCAAGAAGAUUCAACACUUGAUUUCGACGGAUCUACUAAAAUCACUGCAUUCAACAUGAAGGAGGAUCUAGAAGACGGUCAUUUUGAUGAAACUGGGAACUUUAUUUUCGAUAAGAAAGAGAAGGAAAUCAAAGACGCCUGGUUGGAUGAUAUUGAUUGGUCCACUGUGAAGGAGAAAGCUGGAGAUCAGUGGGAACAAACAAAUGACGCGGACGAUGAUGGUGUUGCUCCUCCAACGUUAAAUGAUAUUCGUCGAAAAGAGAUCUUCACAUCUCUAGUUUCGCUUAUGAAACCGAACCACACUGUGGCUAAAACUCUCACCGAUUUGAAAAAAGCUAAAGGACUUUCUGCUGCAGAGGAGCGUAAGCUGCGAUGGAAGGCUAAAAAAGAAGGCAAGACUAUUAACGAAACAGACUCACAAAAAGACACAAGUAUUAUCAGUGGAUUAGCAGACGAGCUUAUCUCUGCCGGCCACAUGGACGUCUACGAGUGGACGCGAGAAAAAUUUGAAUUCUUGUUAAAGAAACUGGAAGGCUCAGCUGUGGACUCCCUCGAUAUGUUUUCAGAUGAGCCAGCGAGUAACUCCUCUGCACCUACUGAAUCAGAAUCAAUUUUGGACGAGGAAGAACAGAAAUGGGAGUAUAAGGACUCACAAACAAGCGAAAUUCAGGGACCAUUUUCAUCGUCUGAAAUGGCAAGACGCCAGCAGAAUGGAAAGCUAUCAAGUAGUGGUCUUGCGAGGAAAUGCGGCGCAGCUUCAUUUAAUCCCGUAGCUCGUAUCGACUUCGAUCUAUAUUGUUAA